AAUGAAGGAGAAAAAAUCCAGCGAUUGUGGAAUCAGCCACCUCCCCGCUGUCACCCUGGCGCUGCACUGCUUGGAUGGCGUCUUCCUCUCCCCCAGCGAGAACGACUUCGUCUGCAAGGUCACUGAGGAACUAGACCGUUUUCUGCUCCAAAGCCAGCAUGAAAAAGUUCUCUUGUUCCCCCCGCUGUCCAGCCGCCUCAGGUACCUGAUCCACAGGAACGUGGACAAUGUCGCUUUGUUAAGCAGCUUUUCUGUCGGGGAAGGAUGGAAGAGGAGGACUGUCAUAUGUCACUCAGUCAUAAGGUUGCCUGAGGAGGCUGGCGAUCAAAACGGUUCCUGCGGCAACACGGCGAGAGCUCACCGCCCUCUCCAGGCACGAAGCAGGGGUGGCAGAGCCGCAGGGCCGCGCAACGCAGAGCUGCCUACCGAUGGCUCUCGAGUCAACCGAGGAAUCGGCAGGCCCAGGCGGCCGCCCCGGAGAAAGCCGGAUAAAGCUUUGUAUGUCCCCAGGGGGAUGCGUGAAAAACGGGAGGAGCUGCAAAACCAAAGCCCAGCAGCGGCGGCAGCCAGAGAUGAACCAGAUGUUGGGGUGGUGCAAGAGGAAGGGACCCCAGAAGAGUUAGGUAACUUUGAGGGCACUACAGAUUCCAGCAGGGUCGCAAGUAAUAUCGAUCCAGAGCCUGGCAAGGAACUUCCUGAAGUCCAGGGCCUUAGAGAGGCAUAUGAAGAACAUAUUACGGGUGAAGUCAGUGGAGAUAACAGUAACAAGUGUCCAGUGGACUGUUCAGAUGCCCCUUUGCUGGAGUGCACCAGAAACCUUUCCAUAUUGGAGAGCCAGGAUAAAGACAGGUCUGAUGGCCCUUGCAGCAAACCACUCUCCCAACCAGAAGACCAGGACGACCGCAGCACAAAUUCCACUGUAUCGGAGGGUAGCAAAAAUCUACACCAGGUAGAAGAUCAAGAUAAAGACACCAUGGAUGCCAGUGUACCGGAGUGUAGUGAAAACUUACCAGUCUUAGGAAAUCAGGAUACAGUGGCAUUUGUACAGCCUUUCUCAGAGUGUAGCAAAAACCUCUCCCUUCCAGAAGGGCAGAAUAAAGAGUCUGUGGACGCCUCUCUGUUGGAAGAAAGCAAGACCUUUUCAGUGCUAGAAAACCAGGGGGAGGGGUGUACCGACACCAUCGUACGUGAGUGCAGCCAAAACCAAAGUCUCCCAGAAGACCCGCAUCCAAGAUGUAUGGAUACCCCUGGGAUGGAGUGUGGUAAGAGCCCGUCUAUACCAGCUGACCAGGAUAAGCUCCGCAUGGAUACCUCUGUUCCGGGCCGGGUGUUGCUCCCAGAAGACCGGGAUGAAGACUGUACAGUCCUGGCGGGCAGACUGCGGUGCGGGUUGGAAUUAUCUGUGGAGGAGAAAGACACGGAAAACCCGGCAGUGAAUGAGCAGGAGGGGGCCCGCCUAGAGGAGGACUCUGAUGCCGAACUCUUGCAAGAGAUUGCAGCCUAUGUGACUGUGAAGGACAUAACCAUCGAGAAGAUCCAGUUUGACUAUUCCAGCUACGGGGACGCACAGAUCAACGAGGGAGACUUUGGACACGUUAUCGAGAUCUACGACUUCUCGCCAUCCCUGAAAACGGAGCAUCUGAUGGAAGCGUUUUCAGAGUUCCACAAGAGUGGUUUCAAAAUUCAGUGGGUCGAUGACACACACGCCCUGGGUAUCUUUUCCAGUCUGGCAGCAGCAUCUCAGGCCUUGGGACAGAGUUAUCCUUCUCUGAAGAUCCGAUCCUUGAUCCAUGGGACGAGACAGUCUAAAAUCAAGGCACUUCAGCGACCCAAGCUCCUUCAGCUGGCGAAAGAGAGACCCCAGACAGACACCGCCGUGGCCAGGAGGCUGGUGACCAGGGCUCUGGGCCUGCGGCACAAGAAGCAGAGAGUCUCAGGCGGUGACGUGCUCCAGCCUGAGAACCUGGACCAGGAAGAGGAAACUGGAUCUGAGCCGAAGCCGAGCUUGGAAGGAGCCCGGGUGGCAUAGCGAACUGCUUGCUGACCAGUGAGUUGCCAGUAGGGUGCUGUUUGUGGAGGUUUUCUUUAAACGGGGGGAAGGGAAUAAGUUGACUGUUGUUGUUGAACCCCCUUUGUUGCAUUCUGGGAAACAGGCUGUCUCGCUAAUCCAGGGUAUGGAGGCAACCAUAAAACUAGCUCUUUACUAUGGAGAGCAUCUUAUCUUGUUCCCCAGCAGGUGUCUAGCAGCACCCUGCCAAAGUGGCUCCUACCCAGUUGGGUGUGGUUGGGAAUCUCAGCCUCACACCAGUGGUCUGCCGUGGGGCUGUCUCCACACCGUUAUCUGAGCACUCCAUUCUUUUAAAAGGCAACACCUGUAGUAAGAGCUGCCCUAGGAUGUGGGUUGCGGGGAGGGAACACUUGUGGCCUCUGCUGGAUUGCAAGCAAGAAACACAGAGCAACGCAUUUGCGGGAGUCAAUAGCUGUUUACUGUUUACUGCCACGUGUAAAGCGGAUGUUUGUCAAAAUAAAGUUAUACCCCAGAACUGA